AUCACAAAGCUCUGCCUGAUGGAGAUGAACCAGGAGGAACUGGCCGACACACUAUAUGAACGGUUAUUGUGGGUUGAUCAGGUAAAAUGUCAUUUGAAGAAGAAGUUCAAGUGUGUGUCUGAGGGAAUCGCUAAAGCAGGAAAUCAAACGGGUCUGAAUGACUUCUUCACAGAGCUCUUCAUCACAGAGAGAGGCAGUGGAGAGGUCAACAAAGAACAUGAGGUCAGACUGAUUGAAACAGCUUCCAGGAAACCAGCCAAGGAAGAAACACCAAUCAAAUGUGAAGACAUCUUUAAACCCUUACCUGGACAAGAUCAACCAAUCAGAACAAUAGUGACAACCGGAGUGGCCGGCAUUGGUAAAACCAUCGUAACACAAAGGUUCACUCUGACCUGGGCUGAAGGCAAUAAAAACCAGGACAUACACUUCACAUUUCUCUUAACUUUCAGAGAGCUGAAUUUACUGGAAAAUAAAGAGUUUAGCUUGGUGGAACUUCUUCAUCGCUUCUUUAUUGUGACCAAAGAAGCAGGAAUCUGCAGAUAUGAACGGUUCAAAGUUCUCUUCAUCUUGGAUGGUCUGGAUGAGUGUCGACUUCCUCUGGACUUCCAGAACAACCAGACCUGGACUGAUGUCAAAGAGCCGACCUCGGUGGACAUGCUGCUGACAAACCUCAUCAGGGGCGACCUGCUUCCCUCCGCUCGCAUCUGGAUAACCACUCGCCCUGCGGCAGCCAAUCGGAUCCCAGCUGAGUGUGUUGACAGGGUAACAGAGGUGAGGGGAUUCACCGACCCACAGAAGGAGCAGUAUUUCAGUAAGAGAUUCAAAGACGAAAAGCUGGCCAACAAAAUCAUCUCCCACGUCAAGAAAUCACGUAGCCUCCACAACAUGUGUCAAAUCCCAGUCUUCUGUUGGAUCACUGCUACAGUUCUGGAGGACAUCUUAAAAAAAUCCCAGAUAGACGAGAUGCCCAAGACCGUGACUCAGAUGUACAGCUACUUCCUUUGGGUUCAGUCGAUACAGGGGGACAGGAAGUACCAUGGAGCUGAAACGGAUUCAUACUGGGGUCCAGAGAGCAGGAAGAUUAUUGUCUCUUUGGGAAAACUGGCUUUUAACCAGUUGGAGAAAGGCAACCUGAUCUUCUACGAGGCAGACCUGGCAGAGUGUCACAUCGAUAUCAAAGAAGCCUCAGUGUACUCAGGAGUGUUCACCAAGAUCUUUAAAGAGGAGUGCGGGAUGUACCAGGACAAGGUCUUCUGCUUUGUCCAUCUGAGCCUCCAGGAGUUUCUGGCUGCCCUUUAUGUCUUUCUGUCCUUCAUCAACGAUGGUGUCAAUCUGCUCUCAGAAGAACCGCCCACCUCUGGGGAAGAUAAACUCCUCCUCCUCUACCAGAAUGGUGUGGACAAGGCCUUACAGAGUGAGAACGGACAACUGGACUUGUUCCUCCGCUUCCUCCUGGGCCUCUCUCUGGAGACCAAUCAGAUUGUCCUACGAGUUCUGCUGGGACAGACAGGAACUAGCUCACUGACCAUUACAAAAACAGUGUCUUACAUCAAGGAGAAGAUAGAUGGAGACCUCUCUCCAGAGAGAAGCAUGAACCUGUUCCACUGUCUGAACGAGCUGAACGACCGUUCUCUAGUGAAGGAGAUCGAACAGUACCUGACAUCAGGAAGACUCUCCAGAAAAUCUCUCUCUCCUGCUCAAUUGUCAGCUCUGGCCUUCAUCCUACUGACAUCAGAAGAGGGGCUGGACGUGUUUGACCUGAAGAAAUACUCUGCUUCAGAGGAGGGUCUUCUGAGGCUGCUGCCAGUGGUCAAAGCCUCUAAAACAUCUCUGUAG